AUGAUGUAUAUCAAUGCCCCCAGAGAAGCCCCGCCGUUCACCGCGGGCCAACCGUUGUAUGAAACGCGUCCGCAUGUGGUUCAGGCGGGUAAUAUAACCCCCGGGAUUUCGGCGCUAGAGUACUAUGAGCGCCGCCUCCGGCUAAUGGCCAACUUCCCAGCUCGGAGUGUUGCGGUGGUGGCCGGAAACCAGGUAAAGUACGCGUCGGGGAGCGUUUUCUACCAGUUCCAGCAGAACACGGACCUUUUCUACCUCACGGGGUGGAACGAGCCGGACUCUGUGGCACUUUUGGAGAAAAUCAAUGAGCAGGAUGUGGUUUUACACAUGCUCGUGCCGCCAAAGGACACGUUUGCGGAGCAGUGGGAGGGAUAUCGCACCGGAGUGGAGAACGUCCAGGAGUUGUUUAACGCUGACGAAUCGGCUUCGAUCCACGAAUUACCGGCUUACAUGCGCCAUGUGGUGGAGCGCAACGACUACGUCUACUUCGACCAUGUCGGCGAACCCCGCAAGGCGACCCCGGCGAGCGCGUUUCGCGGGAUGUUUGGCAAUAAGGCGCAGGGGCUCGCGGGUGCCGACACAAUGCACCGGAUUCUCGCAGAGAUGCCGGUGACGAAAACACACCGUGCAUUGAAGCCACACAUCGAGAACAUGCGUGCGGUCAAGUCCGACGCGGAGGUUGCGGUGAUGCGUGCUGCGGGGCGCAUCUCGGGACGCGCGUACAACCAGGCGUACGCGCAGCGCUUCAAGACGGAGCGUGUUUUGAACUCGUUUUUGCAGCACCGGUUCAUUGCCGGUGGCUGUGAAAAGGCUGCGUACAUCCCAGUAGUUGCGGGUGGGCCGAACGCGUUGUGCAUCCACUACACCAUCAACAACGACGUGUUGCGUACGGACGAGAUGGUGCUCGUGGACGCAGGUGGCGCUCUCGGCGGCUACUGUGCCGACAUCUCGCGCACGUGGCCGAAUGCGGGGAAGUUUUCAGAACCGCAGGCCGAGCUCUACCAGGCGGUUCUCAGUGUGCAGAAGCAGUGCAUCGCCAUGUGUACGACUCGCGAAAAUGUCUCGCUCAACCAACUCCACGCCGCGAGCAUGCGCUUGAUGAGCCGCGAGUUGCUGCGUCUCGCGGGCUUCGAGGACCUCACCGAGCGCUCCACCCAGGAGCUUUACCCGCACAGCAUCGGUCAUAACUUGGGGCUCGACUUGCACGACAUUCCCGGUUUUGGUGGCUCCACCAAGUUGCAAAAGAACCAGGUUAUCACCAUUGAGCCGGGGGUGUACAUCCCCGAUGAUGACCGCUUUCCCGCACGUUUCCGUGGCAUCGGAAUCAGGAUCGAAGAUGAUAUCGCUGUGGGUGAGGAUACGUACACGAAUUUGACCGUAGAGGCUGCUAAGGAGAUUGUGGAUAUCGAGAGUAUUGCCGAGAACGGUGUGACGACCCCGUACGAAGACGAGGUGGUUGAUGCGUUUAGUUAGAAAGGUUUGUAUAUAAAGGAUGGUAGACCGAGAAGAUGUAGGUUGAACUGAGGGUUUAAACUGAGGGUUUGAACCGAGAAUUUGAAAAAUUUGAAGAAUUUGAACUUUGACGUUUAGGUAAAGUUUAAUGUUCUAACCUAAUAACUUAUCCCUGCAUCCGGGACUUGGCUAAAUGUGAACCAUCAAACUUGUACGUUAAUCGUCACUUUUAACCACUAGAUGUUCGUCAAUAUACGGU